CUACACUGAAAAAAUAAUAAUAAUGGACGAAGAGUUCGAGGUAUUUGAUGAAAGCAGAGCCAGAGGAAAUAAUUGAUUAAAAAUGGCGGAGGAUUCUUCAAGAAGGAAGAGUAACAAUCCCAGCCGAGUCUUACAAACCACGGAAACAGGGGAUGAAGAGCAGAGUAAUCAGGAAUUUAAUGCAGAGACAGACAUCCUUGAUAUCCCUGACGAUGACGGGGAUGAUGAUUCAAAGGAUUGGUACCAGUCGCAACCAUCGGGAGGAGGCAGGGAGGAGGAAGAGGCCGAGGAUGGUGGGAGAGGAUUUGUCUUCAGCUCCAAUGAAGUCACUGAUAACGUGGUGGUCUUGACGAGUGAUAUGGAACUUCCAGUGGGGAUCAAUGAGGGCAUGGAUACCGAGAUACAAGGCAGAGGUUCAGCUCAUUCCAUCCUCCAUGGGAGCCGAUCUCUCAAGCCAAGGAAGCAGAUUGGGAGUAGCUUCAACAGAUCUCGUCAGUUUAUGGGAGUCAGUUACGAUAGCGACCAGGUUUACCCACCAGAUGGCGAUAGCAGUCAGGUACGAAGGCAGCAGAGAGCAGUUGAGCCAUUUGUUUGCCGGACCACAUCAAGUUCAGGGAAGAAAGAUGCAAGUAUGCAGUUCCCUGAUGAUGAGCUUUCCGUGCUGAGAGAGGAAAACGAUGCUCUUAGAAAAGAGAACAGUGAGUUACGCAAGAAGGUGGAUAGAUUGGUGGAAACCAUUGCACUCAACGACGCUCUUCCAAAUUUACUUGCAACUCUACGAGGGGCACCCACGGCGGGGGGUACCUCCCAAAACCUCAGCACCUCCACUGAAAACAACCUGCCGGAAGAGGGCGCUGUACCGUCCACCUCCGCAUCUCCACAGGGCCUCACAAUCUCACGCUGCCAAAGCCUUGCCAACGACGACCCUUCCUCCAACCCUCCUCCCUCUUCCACCCAAAACGUCGUGAUACCGGUAUCGGACAUGGGCGUGGCUCUAGGACAGGUGGUGACCACGCCCUCCGCAUCAUCGCAUGCUGUAACGUUACCGCACGCUGUAACGUUACCGCACAUACCGCUGUCGCAGGUCUCCUUGCCACAACUUGCUGCAGCUAUGGAUCAAGAUCUGCUACCACAUCAAUCGCAACAACAGGUGAAUAUUCCACGAGCACCUGUUCUUCCCGUCCUUGCACCAAGUAUUCAAAUGGGUUUAACAGGUCAGCCACCGAUGGUCCCGCCUGGUGCACCUUCACAGCUUGCAAUGAUACAGCAGAGUCUACCCAACCCGGUACCACAGUCCACCCCUCAGACGGUGCUCCAGCAUGUCUCCCACAUGGCUGGCGGCAACCUGGUGCCGGUUAGGAUACGGGAUCGGGGGAAGCUCUUAGUGCGACCUGGAGGCAAACAGACAGAGGAUUCGGUUGAGAUCAGUCUAAGCAACAACGUGAAGGUCGACAAGAGACUCCUCGACCGAUGCAACCAUACCAACUUCCGUAAACUGACCUCUGACCUGCUGAUGUGUCUCUUCCCGCGGAAGGUCCUAAGUAGAUCCACUCUGGGUGGGACCAGUAACACCAUCUCCAGGACAACAGGACUUCCCACAAACAAGACUAGAUUAGACCCAGAGAAAGUUGAAGCAAUACUUGAUUAUGUGCAGCGAGUGACCGGUGUCCCGGCUAGAGCGGUCAAAGAUGCCAUCAGGACGAAACUAAACAACGAAGCAAAGCGAAUGCACAGACAACUCAUAUUCAAAAGAUCAUUUCAUUACUCAGCCAGUGCUCCCGAUGGUCCCCCUUGAAGGUACCCCUGUGAAACAGAAAUGAGGUGAAGCCCUGUAGAAACUACAUAUUUUGUUAUGUAUGGGACUAGGUUCAAAGAAAAGUGAGCAGCACAUGUUUUGUUUAGUAUGGGACUAGCUUUAAGUUCACACUGACAAAUGUUUGAUGUAAAAAUAUCGCAAAAAUAAUAGAAAAUAUUGCUGAAUGUUUGAGGAAAAUCCAUCAAAGAACAAAAAUGUUAUCAGAAUUUUAAUUAUUUAAUUUGUGAAUCAUAUGCAAGCAACAUUCCUGCUUGUAUGUGACGUCACAAAUUCAAAACUUAAUAUUCCAAUAACUUUCUAAAUAUUUAAUAGAUUUUCCUCAAUUCUUCACCAAUUUUUUGUAUUAUUUUUUUCUGCUAUUUUUACAACAAACUUUUCUUCAGGAUCAAUUUCCCCUAUAAUGGUUAUUGAUAUUUUGAUAAUUAAUUAUGUAUAUCAGGAUUUUGUAAUUGCUGAACCAAAGGAAUAUCAUAGAGCUUUGUUGAUGUUUUUUUAUUAUUAUUUUUAUUUAUUUAAAGGGGCUGUCACUUUUAGAUGUUUUAGCAAGAUUUAGAUUUCUUGAUAUCAAUAAUUUGAUUCUUCAUCAAGGAUUAGGAUGAAAUUGCUUGCCAUGAACCAGGCAAAAAAUAAUAAUGCCAAAAGUUUAAGGGCUAGUGCUUGAGCUCACCAACCAGAGUUUGUUAUAUUACAAUUUACAUUGGACCGUUUAGUUCCAUGGCUCUUCUGGGCAUAUUGGGGAUGAAUUUCCCCAUGCCCUCAUCUAACUUUUUCCCUGCCUGUGCAUUGGCAUACACUAGCUUAAAGCGUUCAUUUGUGACAGCCCCUUUAAGGGGGUACCCCUGGCUAAAAAUAUUAAAAUAGAGUAAAAUUCACAGAGCAAAAUACUAAUAAUUUCUUCAAAAUCGGAUAGCAAAUAACAAAUUUAUUGAAUUUUAAAGUUUUGUUGUUAACAUGUGAAAAUGCAUGUCAUGAAUAUUCAUGAGGUGGACUGAUGAUGUCACAUCCCCACUUUCCAUUUUCUUAUGUUAUUACAUGAAAUCAUAAUUGUUUCAUUUUCCAUACAUGAAAUAUUAACAUCUUUUGCACUAAAUUAGUUGUCAAUCUGAUUUUCAGUUCUUGGUAGAAAAACUUUAGAUAAAUAUAAUUUCAUGUAAUAAAAUACAAAAUCACAAGUGGGGAUAUGACAUCAUCAACUUGCUCAUUGAAUAUUCAUGAAGACAUGCCUAGAACUGUUUCACCGGAAUAAUGCAAAUCUUUAAAAUGCCAUAACUUUGUUAUUCCUUGUCCAAUUUUGAUCAAAUUUUCAGUGUUUUGUUUGUCUGAUUUAUCUUUAUCUGUUUAAAUCAUUAUAUUUUCAGCCUGGAGCAUCCCUUUAACUGUCAUUAAAAAAUGUAUUUAUACUUUUACUGCCUGACCUGAAGUAACCCAUCGCAGAACUACUUUGUCUAAAGAGAUUUCUGAAGCUAUGAAUGAUACAAAGUCAUAUGCCUGUUACCUUUGAGGGAUCAUGCAUCAUUAGUUACAUCUUUUUUCUGAAAAGGAGAAAACAUGAAACAAAAUAGGAAAAUGUAUGCCGGGAGUCCCUGCAUGCUACCAUUAUCUGUCAUCUGAUAGGAAAAUGAAUAUAUAAAACAUUCAGGUUGAAAGCACUCUUAUUUGCUUUCAAAAGUGAAUCAAUCUGGCAAUCAGGAUUCAAAGAAGCCCUGACAAUAGUCUGUAAGCACAGACUAACAUUUAAACGAAUUGUACCAUGUCUUAAG